CCGGGAGGCUGUAGGCCACACCGCGGCGCCGCGACCCCCGCGGCCGGUCAAGAUGGCGCUGGCGGCGGCGAGACGCGUGCUGCUCUGCUCCGGGGUCCGGCUCGGGCGCUCCGCGACAGUGAUCAGAGGCGGGAAUGGCGCGCGGACGUUCGCGAACCAGCGGGUGCUGGUGGAGCUGGACGCGGCCGCAGGGACGGCCAUAAUGAAGUUCAAAAACCCUCCAGUGAACAGCCUCAGCCUGGACUUUCUGACAGAGUUUGUCAUCAGCCUGGAGAAACUGGAGAAUGACAAGACCUUCCGUGGCGUCAUCUUAACUUCGGACCAUCCUGGCAUCUUCUCUGCUGGCCUGGACUUGACAGAGAUGUGUGGGAAGAACCCAGCCCACUACGCUGAGUACUGGAAGGCCGUGCAGGAGCUGUGGCUGAGGCUCUACCUAUCCAACAUGACGCUGGUUGCUGCCAUCAACGGUGCCUCCCCUGCUGGAGGCUGCCUGAUAGCCCUCUGCAGUGACUACCGGAUUCUGGCUAACAACCCCAAGUACAGCAUAGGACUGAAUGAGACCCUGCUGGGCAUUGUCGCCCCAUUCUGGUUCAAAGACACCCUCGUGAACACCAUUGGGCACAGAGCCUCGGAGCACGCACUGCAGCUGGGGCUGCUCUUCCAGCCAGCAGAGGCCCUCCAGGUGGGCCUGGUAGACAAGGUGGUUCCUGAGGACCAGGUACAGAGUGAAGCUCUCUCAGUGAUGACCCAGUGGCUGGCCAUUCCAGAACACGCUCGGCAGCUGACCAAGCACAUGAUGCGAAAGCCCACGACGGACCAGCUGAUCAAACAGCGCGAGGCCGACAUCCAACACUUCGUCAGCUUCAUCUCCAGAGACUCCAUCCAGAAGUCCCUGUGCAUGUACUUAGAAAAGCUCAAGCAGAAGAAAGGCUAAGGCACAUGCCACAUAGGUUUUCGGCCACCUGUACCCUCUGGGGGCCUGUUGAUUCCAAGGGGAUCUUAAACAAGGUAUUUUUCAACUUUAAAGUUCUCAGCUCUUUGUUU